AAUACUGUAUAGUUCGGUUGGACACCAUUUUGACAAACAAACGGGACUUUUCGCUUAGAAUUUGGACGCCUUCAAUUAUUUUGUUGGAGUACAUUAAGAAAACUGCACAAAUUACUUAAUUAAUAUUUAAAAUUUAAUAAUGGCUGCCAAUUGGAUCAAAAUAACUGAAAGAGCGCGGGAGGGUAUAAAAAUUAUAAAUGCGUUACCUUAUGAUACUUUUACAACCGUUCUAAGUUUUGUGCAUCGACAAAUGAUACCUGUGACAACUGAAGAUGCUAUAGAGCCCGAAAAUGCUUUGGAGGAAUUGGAACGCUUAGUUGGUGUACCACGUGCCGAUUUUCUACUCAUGAUAAAAACUUUUUCCUACAUUUUACGACGCACGUCGACAUUCGUCAUCAAACCAACCAGAUUACACGCUGAAUUACGCGAAAAACUGCAGCUGCAAGAUGACGCGAAAAUCGAUGCGAUUGUAAGGUUAUGGGUGCGUCAAACUACUCCAAUUAUGAAUAGUUUGGCUUGCGAGCGCUAUGAAUCAAAUGAGAUACAAGAUGUGGCAUGGAAAUUAAAUGUGGAAAUCUCAUCGCAUUGUGAGCAACGUGAAAAAAAUUCCUUGGCAAUGUUGCAGUUAAAAACUGGCACAGGUGAAGACAUCAAUUUGGAGAUGAACCACGAAGAGUUGCUGCAAUUGUAUAAUCAGUUUGAGUGUAUUCAAAAUGAAUUAGAUGCGCUAAAACAUCAUCAGGCUGAGCAAAAGGCUUAAAUAUUUCAUGGCAUGGUAAAAAUAGUAAAUACGUGCAAAAGCGUGGGCGAUGUCAACCAACAUCCAAUGAGAUGGCACUAGGAAUUUUCGAGAGAAAGGUUAUGCGGCAGAUUUAUGGUCCUUUGAACUGUGGCAAUGGCGAAUACCUCGGACGAUGCAACGAUGGGCUGAAUGAGUUCAGCGAAUAAGGCAGUGAACAGCUAACUAGAUCCGAAUGGACGAAAUCACUCCAGCUUUGAAAGUGUUAGGUGCAGUAUCCGCUGGUGAGGAAGACCUUCACUCCGCAGUAAAGACCAGAUGGAGAAGGACAUGGCUGCACUUGGGAUUUCCAAUUGGCGCCAAACAGCGAGAAGAAAGAACGAAUGGCGCGCUGUUGUUAACUCGGUUAUAACCGCAUAAGCUGUGUCUACAGAAUACUGAUACUUUUAAAGUUGGACCUAAUAUGUCUAAAAACCUUCUCGAAGUGCAGAAGAUAUUCCGAAUGUGUGUAAAAGCUUGAAAAAAUAAUUUUUUUAAAUCAAAAACAACAAAUAAUAACAUUUUUGCAAAGUCUGACUAUACGAGGUAUGUUCAAAAAAUUGCGGGAAUUUUAAAAUGUUUAACUGUUCAAAAGUCCAGUUGGAAAAAAAUUUACAAGCAUACAUAGACGAAAUCGGUGAAAGAGCUAAAACUACCCCAAAAUUCGAGUUUGAGGAGUGUGGCGACGAUUUAAAGAAGUGCUGGCAUGAGUGAAUAGUAUCGAAUAGUGGAAAUUCCCGUUAUUUUUUUAAAUUCCUGCAUUGUGCAUAUUUUAAGUUAGAUUUCCCGCCAUUCAUUGAUGAAAUUCAUACAUUUCUGUUUAUAAAAUAAAUUAACCUGUUUGUGGUAAGGUUCACUAAACGCAAUUCCAGAUUUUUCAAGCACUCGAGAAUACAAAAAAAAAAAUAUUUCAACGUAAAAGCCGCUUUAUACUCUAAAUCAGCUCAAAAUAUGUCAUUAUUAUUUACUAUUAUUUGCACGAGUACUUCGGCACACACAGCACCAACGAGAACCGCGCGUCGCUCCAGCCAAAGCGUAAUCAACAACAAUUACAAACAAGAAACACACAUACCCUCCUCGUGCCCAUAGAAAUCGUACACCGCACAAUGUGAGCCAAACUGUCAACAUAGUGGAAGACAAAGCAAUCACAGGCAGUGGGUAGUAGCUGUGCCAACAACAACGGACAACAGAUGCAAAUGGCAAAGAGUUUGUUUAUAUGUACAAUAACAAUAACGAUUAUGUUUGACAAUUGACUGCACCAGAGCAACGGCAAGAACAAAACGAGCAAAAUAUUGCGCAAUAAUAUGUAUGUAUGGACGCGUGUGUGCAGCAGCAGCUACAAUUGAAAAUAAGAAAUCAAAUGUGGAUGAAUGUGGCUCUGCCUGCAUUUGGCAUCAGAGUAACUGAUGAGCCCACUGCUUACUGAAAUUACAGAAGAAUGCAAAGCCAGCAGAGCGAGUCUGCCAAGCAACUGUGCUACUGCAAGCGAAAGGAAUCGCGCAGGAGUCUGCAAUCGACGCAUAUUGUUGUGAAUAGUAAAAGAAAAUCCGAAUAAGCGCAUGUACGAGUAUGUGGAACCACACAGAGCUCCAAACGCAGGUAAAAGGUAAAAAAGCUGCAGACUUGUAACGAAUGAAAAACCUAAAGCGAGGUAAAAUGGGCGAAACGCAUGCUACUAGUCGCUGUAUGUGUGUGUGAGUGUGUUUGCUUGUUGCCGGUAGUUUGAAAACUAGUCUGCAGAUCUUUAUUACAAAUCUCUGGCGACGCAACAGAUCGAUUGCAAUCAGUUGGCCGAUAGCGUGAGAAGAAUAGUUAACCAGGAGAAGUCAGCAAUGCGCGCAUUGCCAAUGGCAGCGCGACGCUCUUAGAAGAGACGGAGAGUGGGGUGAAGUAAUCAAACAUGAAGCAAUAAUGUGAUUAACCCUAAAGUGAUCGCGUGGACUAGGAGCAGUUGAGACAGUUUGCGGCAAAUUUAAGAAUUGUAGGCUUUCUGAUUUCGGGAUCAAUAGGAUCAUGAUCAAAUAGAUCAUUAGAUCAUAACCUCAAAUUGUGAAUAUUUUAUUGAAUCAAACACAAAAUAGUUAAUUUAUAAAAAUUCGAAAACAAAAUUAAAUAUGUAUUAAACAAGUUAUUAAUGUGCUGAUAACAACAACAACAAUAACAACAACAGCAGUUGCAACAAACUGACGCAUAGCGCUCAUACUAUAUAUUAGAUGAACUUGUUAUGAAUACAAUCUUUGUUGCAAUGUUUAUAUUGUUGUUGUAGUUUUUGUUAUACUCUCUGCUCUGCAGCUUAGUUUGUUGUAGUUGCUGCUUGUCAAGCUGCGCAAAGGCAUGUGCUUAAUAUUGUUAUUAUUGUUGUUGUUGUUGCAUGUGCAGCAGCAUUGUUAGCUUUUGUAAAAUGAUACUACAACAGCAACAACAAAAUUCUUAUAUAUAUGUAUACAUGAGUCCGUGGUUAGGCGUAUAAUUCAUUCUUGUUGUUGCUGUUGUUGUUCUUUUUAUUGUACUUCUUUACUUAUUGUUGCCAUUUUCGCUGUUGACGCACCAACAUGCCGACUAGUUUUACAAGUUACAACAACAACUAUAGUAAAUUGUCCACUUUUCUGUCGACGCAAAGCAUAGAAAAAUGUGCUAGAAUUGCAAGUUGGGGAAAAAAAGAAGUCAGAAAUGCACCAGCCACAUAAACGGGAGCAAAAUACAUACUUAAGUCACACAUUUGUAUCUUGUAGAUAUGCAAUUUUGUAUAAAAGUUGAUUGUUUGCUAAAUUCUUCCUUUUUGCAAUGUGAUAAUUUUGUUGUUAUUGUUUUGCUCACUUUUAUGUAUGCUAGUAUGUCUUAAGAGGGGUACCAAAAGUUAACUGAACUCCCUUUACAUAAAUUUGGCGCCCCCUAGUCAAAAUUUCAUAUUCCAUUUUAAGUAUUCGGGACACGAUAACCGAACCGACCUCUGAGCGUACUUUUGCCAUGAGAAGAUUCUAAAAAAAUCUUUUGGUGGUUCGGAGUCGCUUAAGAUUUAUAGGCCCCAAACAUUUGUCGAAUAACAUCAAAACAAAAGUGGAGAAGAAGCUCUAGUGAGGUUAAGUCAAACGAUGCCGAUGCCAAUUAUACAUAUACUUAUAUAUAGAUACAUACAUACAUAUAUAUUUGUACAAGCAAUACACCUUUGCCUAGUAUCUAAUAUAUUUAAUAAGCCGUAAUUCGCCAAAAAUCCGACACCUUUUGAAUUCUUAACUUAAGUUUUUAUUUGCCUUUACUGCGCCGUCAUCAAAUACUUAACCGUAACUUUGGGUAAUUAUGUCGUUUUGAGCUGUCAUUAUCGUUGAUUGCUGCAUUAACAAUUUCAUUAUCAUUGUUUUUGUUUUUGUUGUUUUGGUCAUGCCGCUCAGGUGUUUUAAUGUCUUUGGAGCGUCUUCAAAGCGAUUUUGUCAUUCCAAAUACACUGCUAUAAUAACAAUAGUGUUAUAACUUGACUAACAGUACUUUUUGCGGACUGCCAUCUUUGACAAUUGAAAUGCCAGACCAACCGCGUCUAAUAGUUUUUUGCACUUUUUGCGACAAAGUGAUUUCAUUUUAUGGAUUCCUUACCUUUCCGGACUUUAUUGUCACAUUGCUUGGCGCGCCGGCCGGCCGGCUACUCAUGUGCAUACAUAUGUACAUAUGAGUGUGCAAAAAUAUAUUCACACCAACAGAUAUGAAUACAUACACGCUAGUCGCAUAAAAAUAUCAAAUCUGUUAAAUUUGUUGUUGACAUUUUUUCGCUUUUGCGGUUUUCGACUGCGUCGCAAAGUGAAACCUCACAACAACCGACCGGGGCAAUGAAGCGUUGAAAUAUCAAAAUAUUUGUACGAGUAUGCUAUCAGCAGAGGGGAAUUUAAUUUGAAAGAGCAUAUGUAUAAAAAAAAAAAAAACAAAAAAAAAUUUUAAUUUGAAAAAUAUUUGAUGACUUAGCAUUGCCAACUCUUCUUGUUGAACGUCAUCAACCAACCGCCAUUUCUUUGCAGCAUGUGUGCUUACGCGGCUGUUGAACGUUGAAAAAGUGGCUUUUUUCCUUGUUUUCCGUGCUUGUGGCGUCGCGCAUGCGCACAAGCUCAGCCACCCAAGGCACUCAACCGUGCUAGCGGUGCACAGACGAGCGUGGCGGCAUUAAGCCGCGGUGGACGAAGCGUCGAAAGCGCGUAUAAGCCGCAACAAAACAGUUUUGGCUGCUUCCACUAACCACCACCUUGGCUGUUGCGGUCAUGUGCAGUUUGUUCCGUUGGCAUUUGCCGUUAGAAGAACGCUACCGCCGCCCUCCCCCCGGCUUAAAUGCUAGUGUAGUCACUGAGCCGCAAAUAAUUUUAAUUUUUUUUCCAUUUGUUUUUUACGCUUUGGUUUCUCGACUGCGUUUUUUUAUGGCAAAUAAUUAUUUUUUACUUUUUACAUUUGCGUUUGUUUUCCACAUGAAAUUGCCAUUUCUUUUACGCUUCGUUUGCAACUGACUAAACUGGACAAACGCGUUGUGUGGCUGGUGUUUGGUGGUGGAAUUCAUGCCACAAGUUAUGUCAUGCCACAUAUGGCUAGUUGUUAUGGGUUAAUGUUUACUUCUUAUUGCAUUUUUCUUUUAUUUUAAGAAACUGCACAAAAAUAAUUAUAUUAAAAUAUUUAAUUAUCGGUGUGAAAUUGCUCACCAGUCUUUGUUAUAAAGUGUUCCAAUAUUUUUUUUUUUUAAUUUUUUUAUAUUUUUUACUAUUCUGUGUGCUAAAAUUUUCGUAGCGUAAGUAAUAAACCUACUUUGAACUAAAGUCUUGUUACUGAAGUGCAGCAUGUGUCUCACCUAUGCAAAUUAUUCAUUUCGAAUAACUUUUCCAAUAUUUUCAACAUUUAUUUCUCGCCUAUUUUGUUCCAAAAACAAUACGCUUCGAAUUGCCAUUUUCCUUUGCGUCAUUUUGCGUUGAAACAUGUAUUUAGCCUUCGACAUUUAAAGCAGCUCCCAGCACCUGCAAACCUAACCUUAAGCCUUGAGCGCUACACUCACUGCUGCACUGGGCCGGUCGAAUGCAGGUCGCAUGUAUGAAAAGAGGGCAACUGCUGCCGCAUUCUACGUAGUGCAGUGCAAUACGUAUUUAAAACUAAGUGUGCCAAGCUCCAUCGAUCGCAUAAACGGCGUCGACCUUACGCCAGCCACUUGCCUUUGACUGGGCAGCUUUUAACGAACUUUGGUACAUUAAUGUGUGUGUGUAUUGAUAAUCAUCACACGCAUUCAUUAAAAAUAUUAUUUUUCUUAAUUCGAAAAUUUUUUAAAUAUUUUUUUUUUUUAAAUAAAAACGACACAAAUGCAUUUUCCUUUCCAAAUUUUGUUUGAGGAGCUGUGUUUCAUUAUUUUGGAGCUUCGUUUAAUUGGCUUACGGCAUUUCGUUGGAUGCCAGCUUAUUUUAUUGUUAUUGUUUACAUUUGCUCGCACUCAAGUGUUGUUGUUUUGCUUGUUUACAUAAAUAUACAUACAUACAUACAUUUAUAUGUAUGUGUGUAACUGUUAAGUGUUAACAUUCGAUUGUUACGAUUUUAUUAAUUUUUUCUUGUCGCUGUGCAUGUUUAGCAAUUCAAAUUCAAAUUUAAAUUCAAAAGAAGCAACAACAGCGCAGUCUCUGAACGGAAAAGUAAGAAAUAAAUAAGCGUAACAACAAAAGCUUUUAGUAACAACAAAGACUGAAAUCGAAAGGAAAGGGAAUUUUAGCAAAAGAAAACAAAUGAUUUCAAUGCAAUUUCAAGGCAGUUAAGCCACCAAUUGCUGUCGCCUACAGCGUUUACUCCAAACCAACAGCGCUGUCCAGCCCCCCCAACUCUCUAUAUGCGCCAAGCGCUAGGUAACUGUGAAAGUGAACAGCCGCUAGUGUUUGGCAUAUGGUAAAGCUGAAAUAGACACAAUAACAAUAACAACGCGCAAAAUAACAAUAACAAUAAAAAAGAGCAGCGCAGCUGUUACUAUUUAUUGUUGUGCCAUUUGGAGCAUUUUGUUGAUGAGAGAUUGUAUGGGUAUAGUGUAACAGCCAGAGUAUCUAUCUAUGGUGUUACCCCACUCAACUGAACUGUCAUAACCUAUAGAAUCGCCAACUAUAAACAUAUGUAUUCAUACAUAUGUAUAAGCUCACAUUGCGGCUCCUCCAGUGCGGGCAUGGGAGCGGCGGUUUCUCUGCGCUAGAGUUAAAGAUAAUUUAUUUCGCGAUGAUGAGUUGAUGAUAACUAACACAUUGGCAAUAACGGCGAAGAUGAUGCGUUGUAAAUUAGAAAAUUUCUAUAAAAAAAACGCGAACAACAAGCCCCAGCAGCGUGCUCGUGUGAGUUUCGUAUUUGAAUAGGACGGCGUUUGAAUGCCAAAUUAUAUAAUUAAUGCAUUUUAAAUUGGAUACAUUAAUGUGAUGCGGUAAGGCAAUGAGCUGUGCCAGCCAACAAAGGGAGUAUGAAUGUGUAGAAAGUGUAUGGUGUGUAGUUGACAUGACAGCUGGGAGGGGAAACAUGGUGUUAAUGCUGGCGACAAUUGGGGAUAAGGAGAAUGUUAAAUUGAAAGAAAAAAUGGGCGUAGUUGCAGUGUGAAGGGGUUUUCGAUAAUAUUUUAUUAAAUAUACAUACAUAUUUUUGUAACCAAAUUAUAUAUCGUUUUAAAUUUUAAUUGUCUAACCCUCCUACACGACUACGCCCAUUUUUUUUUUUUCGUUUAUAUGUAGUUCUCAAAUUAGUAUUAUAGUAUUUUUGUAUUGGUUUAGUGUAUUAUUUAGAGAAUUUGACAAAGUAGAAAGCUUACCUUGAAGUUGUAAUUUCGAAAUGAACAAGAACAACAACUGUGGACGGAGUGGUUAAGUGUUGCCUCUUGGGUUAGGUUGUAGUCGACGGUUUUGGUAAAGCACAAGAUUAUAUUCUUUUUAUUUUUAGCUUUAACUUUUUGGUUGUUGUCUGAACAAAACUAAAUGUAUUUAAUUUUAGAUUUUAGCUUGUUUCAAAUUGUUUUCAUUUAGACAG